CAAGACUAGAAUGUUUUUGUAACUUGUAAGCAAAAGGGUUUCAACUAUUUGCUGUGUUAAAGAGACAAAAAGAAGGAAAUCAAAUGUGCACCCUAGAGAAGAGAGGCAACAUCUACAUCCUAACUCUGACCGGCUUAGGCGAGCACCGGCUCAAUCCUACUCUCAUCGACUCCAUCAGAUCCGCUCUGCGUAGACUCCAUGCUGAGCCAACCUCUCCUUGCUCAGCUCUCAUCACCACUGCCCAUGGCAAGUUCUUCUCCAAUGGCUUUGACCUUGCCUGGGCACAAUCCUCUCAACAACGUCUUCAACUCAUGGCUUCAAAACUCAAAUCACUUGCAUCAGAAUUCAUAUCUCUUCCUAUGCCAACGAUAGCUGCAGUCACAGGCCAUGCAUCAGCAGCUGGAAUGAUCUUGGCACUGUGUCAUGACUAUGUCCUCAUGAGGAAAGACAGAGGGUUUCUCUACAUGAGCGAGAUGGAUAUUAGACUUGUUAUACCAGAAUGGUUCAUGGCUUUCUUGAAGUGCAAGAUAGCGGAUCCUAACGUCAGGCGUGAGGUUAUCAUGACAGCCGCCAAAUUAACGGCUGAGAUGGCGGUGGUGAGAGGGAUCGUGCACUCCGCGCAUGAUAGCCCAGAGGAGACAGUUGAUGCAGCAGUUAGGUUGGGAGAGGAGCUGGUGAAAAGAGGUUGGGAUGGCGAUGUAUAUGGGAAGAAUAGAAUGGUGCUUCUGAGCGAAGUUUCAGAGAAAAUUGAGCUUGAUCAUGAUACCGUGAAGGAGGAGAUGAAGACCAAGUCAAAACUGUAAUGGUGGUUGCUGAGAGAUGCCAAAUAAGGGAGUCAAAGUUGUAAUGCUUGGUAAAAUAUCGUAUUAAAUAAAUGCUACUUACUAUUCUGGAUAA